AUGGAUCGAACAAAAAUAAAUCGUGAUUUGGCGAAACAUCUACGAGAAAAACUUGAAAUAGACGUAUCAUCAUCAUCAUUACCACAAGAAGAACAGACGAUUUCGGCCACUGUAUUAGAAUCAAAUGACUUUCCAUUGUCUUCCAAAAAUAUUAGUCAAACUGUCCAACAAGCUGAUAGUAGUCAUGAGAAACCGAAAGCCGACGACGACGAUGGAGAAGAAGUGAAUGAUGAUUUUGAUAUGGACAUUAUAUUUGACAAAAUGCGACGGUAUAAAGAUCAAGCUAAUAUUAUGACGGGAGAUGAACGAAAAAAAUUUGCAGAAAAAGUUGUUAUGUCAUUUUGGAAAAAUAUAUCCAAUGAUAAAGAAGAAAUUAAUGGUUUAUCGUCAGAAGAAGAUGAUGAUGAAGAAAAUUUAGACAAUUAUAUUCCAUUAACUUAA